GCGAGCAUCCCUCCAUCCUUCUCUGGGAAAACAAUGCUGCCUUUUAAUUAUUGAAGCCGAAGGAAAACCCUUUUCAUUAUUAAACGUAAUCAAAGCCGAGACUUUGUGGAGAUUUACUGCACCUCGUCAUCAGGAGAGAGAGUUCACCUCCGAAGAGAAGAGAGCUCGGUGUGAAAGCAGAGGGACCAUUUUCAGCACCUUGGACAGCGACUAUGGCUCCAAUGGUGGAGGAAGGAGCUCAGCUCGUCGCGUUGCCAGUAGGUGUCGCUGUGGUAAGUGUCUUCGGCCUUGUCUUCACAGCGUCAGCCUUUGCGUGGAUCUGUUGCCAGCGUAAAAACGCCAAAUCCCAGAAGACACCUCCCUAUAAGUUUGUGCACAUGCUCAAAGGGGUCGACAUCUAUCCGGAGAGCCUGAGCAGCAAGAAGAAGUUUGCUGCACAUGCCACCACGGCAACUAACAACGCUGGUAAAACUGAUGUUAACGGAAACUGCGACACCGCGGCGCCAAUGAGUCCGACCAGCGACGGUUCUCGACAGGCUCUGCAUCUGGAUCUGGAGAAACGGGAUCUGAAUGGCAACUUUACCACCAAACCAUUUCAUCACCACAACCAGAAGGUGCGCAGCUCCCCAGACCUGGAGUUGCCCUCUCCCCAUGCAGGGUUCACCCAACCUGGGGUGAUGGGCCACCGUGAUCUCCCUUCGCCAUCCAGCACCCUCUCCAGACAGGCGCCCACCCCGGCUGUGGACAAGCCCCAGGUAGAGGAGAGGGACGGCGGACUAGGGACCCUCCACUUCUCCCUGGAAUACCAGCCAGAGAAAAAGGCAUUUAUCGUCCAUAUCAAGGAAGCCCAUGGCCUGACUCCAACUGAUGAGCAGUCACUGACCUCCGACCCUUACAUCAAGCUGACCCUUCUGCCAGAGAAAAAGCACCGGGUGAAGACCAGAGUACUGAGGAAGACUCUUGACCCCGCCUUUGACGAGACCUUCAGCUUCUACGGGAUCCCGCUGGCCCGAGUGUCGGAGUUGGCCCUUCACUUCAUGGUGCUAAGCUUUGAUAGGUUCUCCCGUGAUGAGGUCAUCGGAGAGACCCUUGUACCCUUGUCUGGGAUCGACUUAUCAGAGGGGCGUCUCCUGAUGAGCCGAGAGAUCAUCAAGAAGAAUGUCAAGAAGUCCUCGGGCCGAGGCGAGCUGCUGCUCUCCCUGUGUUACCAGUCCACCACCAACACUCUGACCGUGGUCGUCCUCAAAGCUCGCCACCUUCCCAAGACUGAAAACAAUGGACCUACAGAUCCGUACGUCAAGGUGAACAUGUACCAAGGAAAGAAGCGCGUGUGCAAGAAGAAGACCCACGUGAAGAAGUGCUCCCCCAACCCCGUCUUCAACGAGCUCUUUGUCUUUGACCUGCCCUCCAACGAGGGCCUCAGAGACACCAGCGUGGAGCUGCUGCUGCUGGACUCAGACACGGGCAACUCGCGCUGCCCCAACACCGUCCUUGGCCGCCUGGUGCUAGGAACGUCGGUGGCGGGCACGCCCGGCGACCACUGGAGGGAGAUCUGUGACCACCCGCGUCGCCAGAUUGCCAAGUGGCACGGCUUGUCAGAGGAUUAGAACGCCGCGGUGUUAGUGGAUGCUGCCUCCAUGUCUGAUCUGGUCCAACCACGAGAGGGAUGGAAUGAGGAUGGGCGAGGU